GCCACUGUCAGCGUCUUCAUUGCAGUACGAAUCAUCGGACUGCACGCAUGUCCGUACCAGUAAUUUAUGACUAAGUCGUGCCUGUGAUUUGUUUACAUGCUGUGAUUUUCAUCAUGAGCUCGCUCAAGACUAUCUCAGUGUUGUUAUUAGUGCAAUUAAUAUGUCAGUGUUCACAGGGGCAGCAGAAGCCAAAGUUCUUCCGGAAAGACUACACUUUCAUAGAGGAGUCCCAGGCGUUUUAUAAAAUACAUACGAUACACAGGACAUGGCCAGAUGCGAGGAAGAGAUGUGCCAUGGAGGGGGCCAGUUUGUUUUACGCUGAAGAUGAGGUUGAGGCAGACGCUGUGAUGGGUUUAUGGAAUAGGACACAGCCGUUUUCGUGGGUGUAUGUUGGAAUUUCGGAUUUGUUGGCGAAAGGAGUUUGGGAAACAAUUGACGGUCGCCCAAUACUAGACGUGUUCAGCAACUGGGGUCCCGGCGAGCCAAACGACGCGAACAACGUGGAAGACUGCGUGAUCUGGCGGCGCGACAACUCGCUUAACGACGUCCGAUGUGACCACAAAUAUCCCUUCAUCUGCAAGAAAAGCCUGCUCGAUCUGGACUGGAACACGCUUUGUGAUAUGCCUGAUCCCAGUUACCACUACAACAAAGAUUUCGGCAAAUGCUACAAGUUCCACCUCUCCCCAAUGAACUGGACGGACGCCCACGCCGUGUGCAGCGCAGAACAGUCGUAUUUAGCCAUCAUCAACAGCCAAUCUGAGGCUGACUAUCUGGUCAAGAUCACUGAGGAGGCCCCGAAGAGCAAGAUUAAAGGGAACUUUCUGAGCGGAGCGGUGUAUCUUGGCUUUCACAAUAGGGAAAAUGACGGGUGGAAAACUAUUAAAGGCACCUCACUAGCAGACAGCGGCUACACGGGCUGGGGCAACCAGCAGCCGGACGGCGGCGACAAUGAGCCCUGCGGUUCCAUGUUCUAUAACGGCCGCCUGAACGACCUCGGAUGCUUUCAACGGUGCUUCUUCAUAUGCGAACACGAUAUAGGCCUGCUUAGUGGCGCUAUAGAGGAGAGGUUCGGUGACUGAGGUGUAGAUUUGGACCAAGUUAACUCUGUACAGACUUUGCAAUGACAGUGUCGAAGUGCAUAAACGUCAAAUUUCUAUGAAAAUGUGACAGCACUUAUAAAGCACUUCGGCAAGUCAAAGUUGGUGUAGAGUUAGUUACCUUAGUCCGACUAUACCUAUUUGUGCACUGUUUAUAUAUCCCACUUACUAAAAGUUCCCCAACGUCCAGCCCCAACGAUUAAUUGCUUAUUGACUUAGCUCUAUGAAGAGGUUUCCCUUUCAGAGAUACCGCUAAAAUGAAACCUUCCUAUUUCAAAAAAUUAUGACACCUGCAUGUGCUGUCAUCGCGCUAGACCCCAGUCCUUCACUUUAAACAUAAACGAGCAACAUUCGAUUCUAUCUUUACGAUGAGAAAGUGUAAAAUGGCAUAAUAAGCGUUAUAAUCGAUACCCCCGAGAGGUUAGCGCUUAGAAACGGGUAUUCAGCUUACCCGUAUUAUGAAGCGCUUAAAAAGCCAAAUGAAAGGGUAUUAGUUAGCAACGACUUCGAAAUACCCCUUCCAAAACCCUAUAAGGGGAUCCCGUUUCCAGUACAAAAUGAACACACACUAAAUGUUCUAGUUUUCAAAAUCAAACAAGUUUAAUUCCCGAGGCUCCGCGCCCCCCACUUUGAAAACCCCUGCCAUAUGGUAAUCCAUGAUGGAUGGCAACACCAUCUAUUAACUCUGACCAGAACUGCACCCGUCUAAGGCGGUAGGCAACGUCCUUGGAGAUUUAACUGUACCUACUUAUACUUAAUUUUUACAAAAUAAUCAGUCUUGUCUAAUGCUAAAAAUAAUUAAUUAAUAUUGCAAGAAAAAAUCAUUAAACUUAAACUUUAAACACAUACGUGUUCUUGGCACGGAAUGUGUUAAAUGACCAAAUCUGUCAUUGUAUUACAAAACCAGACCGUCUUGCGUUGUGUUGCGCAGACAGAGUUGCGUUCUCGCGCGCGAGUCCAUACUUGAAGUCGCGCAAGAACGCAACUCACGCCAGCAGGUCAGGUUGUAAAAGUAAAAAAAAAUAUCGGCACUGAAACUGGCACUUUAGUAUCUGGGAUAUAAAACAGUUUAAUGUUUUAAAACUAAGUACUUACAAGUUUUGUAUCUGCACUGCGAACUUAGGUCGUUCAAUGCCAUUGAUAAAGUAACCGAUGAUUGUUUCGAAUCGCCCGGUAGAAAGUAGCUUAGUUUAGUGCUAAAUGUAGAUACACCUAGUCUACAUUUAGCACAAAACUACUAUUUAACUAAACUAAUGCUGUGGAAUGAGCUCCCUGCUGAGGUUUUCCCGAGGGGCUACAGUAUGGGGGUUCUUCAAAAAAGGAGUAUACAGGUUUUUAAAGGGUCGGCAACGCGCGUGUAAUAUAUCCGGGGUUGCAGGCGUCCAUAGGCUACGGUAACUGCUUACCAACAGGCGGGCCGUAUGCUUGAUUGCCACCGACGUGGUAUAAAAAAAAACUAAAACCUACCUCUUUAUUUUUUUCUAUUCAUCUCAUUUGUAAUUUUGUGUACUUAAUCAGAAAAGCUGG